UCCUCGACCUGCUGCACUCACUCGUUAACUGCUGCCCGCAUAUACUGAAGCUGUCAAUCAUUCGUGCGCUGGCAUAUGCCGCCGUGCAACUACAUUUCUCUCAUCUAUCCAGUUACAAGCCAAUCGUUCGCAUCGUCCCAAUCGCAGCACUGAAUCUCUCCGAAGGUGUGCAUUCUUGGGUGCACAUUCCAAAGCUGACACUCGGUCGACCUUGCAUCGCCAUUGUUAGUCAAUCUGGGUCACUUGUAUAAUGUCAUCUGAGACGGUGUCUCCGUUGCGCAUCAGUAAAACAACACCGAUGUCUUCACCUAGCAAAUCCAGUGGGCAGCGACCGCUCUCUGAGAUUGGUUCUACAUCUCAAAGAAGGAACUCUCCAAGCUUCAAUCAAGCUACGAAGAAGAUGAUGUUUACCAACGCUGAGUCUUCUCCGUACGACCCUACAGCCAUUACUAGCUCCACUCGGUUGUUUUGGAAAGAGCGAGACCCAGCUUCUCCCAGUGGGCGCUUCAACGCCGAGAACUCGUUCUCUUUCGAUCGCGAGUCUUCGCCGUCACCGAAACGCAGUUCCAUCGAGAACCUCAAGAAAGCCUCUCGGGUAAAGAACAGCAGUAUGUUUGCGCGUGAACAAAAGACGGAAUACGAUCCGACUGCGAUUCCCCAGGUCGAGCGCCCCCUGGCUGCGGGUCGCCCUCUGAGUACACAAGUUCAUGGCAAUGCAUAUGGUGGGCGUGGCCUUGAAGGCUUUCGUGAAGGAAACAGUGAUAUCAAGGGACACCAAAGAGGCAACUCACAAAGCCGAAUUCCAAUGUUAAGCCCUACAAAGUCUCCUGGCAGACUUCCGAUGGCUGAAUAUACAACGUCUUCUUCACCACCACCAAAAGAGAGACAAUCCCCCGUCAAAUCUUCUCUAAGCAAUGGCAGGCCUAGUGCUGUAGCUAAGGCAUAUGACAUAGAGGGGUCGAUCUGGUCGGAAGACGAUGAUACCGCGAAGAUCAGUCCCGCCAGGGCUUUACGGCGGCAUGCCAAAAGUGUUACCUUCGAGCAAGCACCUCCACAGAUCAAUGAGUAUGAAAUGAUUACUCCAGAGCCAUCCUCGGUCGCAUCAGGAUCGCGAGAAGGAAGCUACGAUUCUUUUGGAGAGUACGACGAGGAUGACAGCUUCGAGCAGGCUGGAUCCAUCAUGAAUGAAGACAGUUUCGAUGCAUCUCUGGAAGACACAGAUAAGACACCCGUAGUUUUGCCCGAAGAUUGGCGCCAUAUGAGCCCAGAUGCAGCAAAUACCUCGCUUGCAGAUACUUUCGAGGAUCCCUUCGAGGGCAGGGAUCUUAGCCCAAUGCCGUCCGCACAGCCCAAUGGCACAUCAUCAACACCAAAUCGGAAUGGCUCAGGCAACUCGGAAGGAUCCCGUCCCUUGCCUGCUCUGCCCAAAUCAGUGAGAGAAUCUAUUGGGCGCGGGAGACGCGAAUCCGCAAUUGGCCUUCCAGAGUCUGCCGACAGCUCACAACGAUCACUGCCAUCUCCUCCGAGAGCCUCUGUUACUAAAGCGGAGAUUUUGGGUAUGCGUGACAAUGCGCUAUCUCUUGAAGAGCGAUUCAGACUCAUGGAUGUCCAAAACUCCCCAGAUCAAAACAACUCCAGGUUGUCAUAUGGAAGCCAGUCCCCACAAAAGACACCAAAGGCGAAGAAGCAAUCCGACAUUGUGAUUCACGAAGAUUCAAUCUUAGGGGAUAUUCCUGAUCUCGGAAACUUCCAAGCCCCCAAGAUCUCCAGAGAGUCAAUCUUGCGCAAAGUCAAAAGCCAGAAGUUUGAGCAUCCAGAAGAAGAAUAUGACGAUGAUCACGAAAGAAGUUAUGGAGACCUCGCGGAUCUUGAUCCAGACGUUCCAAUUCCAUCUAGAGAGGCGUCUUCGAAUUUCGAUGAAUACGUAGGCGAUUUCCAGGUCAAGACUGAGCAGGAAGACAUUAGUCACUACUCGAUUCCUGAUAUGUAUAGCCCCGAGCGCGACCUUUCUCGCUUGGAUGAUUAUGAUAUGGAUGAGUCCGUGAUUCGACAUGACGUCGAAGGUAGCUCAUUGAAUGAAGAGGAUGAAGGAAGCGUGUACUCGUCUCAAUCAAACGCAGUAUCCACCCAAAAGCCUGCUUCAGACAGCACAUCUGAAGACGAGGGACCUCCAACACCAAAGCCUGGAAUGCUGGGUUCUCCAAAGUCAGACGGAACAGACCGCUCAAAAAUAACGGGUCUGCCAGACUUUAGUGCAUUUUCUAACACUGACUUCGAUGUUCAAUUGCGCGGGUUAAUGAAAGGUUCGCCCAAUCCACACAAAGUUUCGAUUACAGAUCCACCGAAGCUCGAGGCGGCCCGUCAAUUCCUGCAGCGGUCGAUCACGCCUGAAGAUGGCCAAGUAGGUGUGGAUUCGAUCACAAUCGAGGAGCGAUCCGCUACACCGGAUUCUGUCAUACAUCACGAUUUAGAUAUCGAGCCAGCCGAGCGUGUAUCCCCCGUCAUUCCAGAGCCUGAAGCUACUAUUAAGGCAUCGGGAGGAACGCUCAAAAUACGUCCGUCUCUGACUCCAGCCGAUGCCGCUGCUAUGGCCGCAACACGACGUCAGGUCAGCGGUGAGGUACCUCCUCCAAUUCCCGAUCGAAGUCCGAGGAGAUCACUAGGACCUGCAGAGAUGAGUGAAGAGUUGAAUGCGCCAGAUGAGAAUGGACUGAGUCGAAUUGAAAGCCUGAGGAAGAUGAAAUUGGAUCUCUCCAUCCAUGACACUUCGGAAGAUCUAAGCUUCGAUAUGGACAAAGAGUUCGACCGAGUUGUUGAAGCACAGAAGGUACAUAAACUAUUUCCUUUACCGUCUUACGCCACUUUCCCAACAACCACAGAAUGUGUGUCUGGCGGCAAGCAUGUUUGCGGACGCCCAUUUGGCUUUGAGCAUUCAGGAACUAACGUAUACACCCGCAAACAGAAAGGAUAUGUGACGAGAGAAAACGCAAAGCUUGUCGUCGCCAACAACCGCGAUGUCAGCAACGAGACCAAAGUCCUGCUGACCUCAGGUUCAAAGUCUGCGGGAAGCAGCCCAAGAAAAGCAAGCCACGAGCGUGCAAAGACUUGGACCACAGAGCCAUGGAAUGGAAAGGUUAGACGCAAGAGCAUCCGUUCGACUUCUGGAAGCCAGAAUCGGUCCACGGCUGGUCCUGCACCCCCCUUGCCAGGCCAAGAGAGUGCGGUAAAUGCUGGUCUUGACACCCUUAUGGAAAAUCAAGCCUCCUUGGACGCAUUCGAAGAUGAACAGGAGCGUGGUCGUCUUUUCGUCAAGGUGGUGGGAGUCAAGGAUCUUAAUCUACCUUUACCUCGAAAGGAGAAGACUUGGUUCCAACUAACGCUCGAUAAUGGCCUCCAUUGCGUCACCACAUCCUGGCUAGAACUGAGUCGGAAUGCACCUAUAGGACAAGAAUUUGAACUUACUGUGCAAGAUGACUUGGAAUUCAACCUAGCGCUGCAAACAAAGCUCCAAGCGCCACCGAAGCCCGCUGGUACUGUAUCGCCAACUAAAACUCAUGUGCACAAGAAAACAGCCUCCUUGAGCAGAUUUCUUGCAUCACCCAAGAAGCGAAAGGAGAUGGAGCGCAAGCAACAAGAGGAGAGUGAUCGAGCUGCGCAGGAAGCCCAAGCAGCAAGACGCAACCAAGAGCCGACCGCUUGGGAUCUUCUCCACGAUCGUGUUUGUGCAGACGGUACUUUCGGCAGGUCGUAUGUGUCGCUGAAGAAUCAUGAACGGCAAGCAUAUGGACGUCCGACAAUGGUCGACAUCCCUUGCUUCAACGAGUGGACUGUUGAAGAUGCUGUGGCCGCUAGCAGUGCCAGGAGUAAGCAUGGUGGUGUUGUCACCAGACCUCCAUACAGGAUUGGCAAACUUACUCUUCAACUAUUGUUUGUGCCUAGACCAAAGAAGGCUACAGAUGACGACAUGCCAAAGUCCAUGAACGCAUGUAUUCGUGAGCUCCAAGAAGCUGAACAGCUCAAAGACCGUUCGUAUGAGGGUCACCUAAGUCAGCAAGGCGGUGAUUGUCCGUACUGGCGUCGGCGAUUCUUCAAGCUUCAUGGGUCAAAGCUCACGGCGUACCAUGAAUCCACCAGGCAGCCCCGGGCAACUAUCAACCUUGCCAAGGCAACAAAACUCGUUGAUGACCGAUCGAAGUUGACACAGCCUACCGAGACCAAGUCUGGCGGUCGUCGCAAGUCUGCAUUCAGCGAGGAGGAAGAAGGAUAUAUGUUCGUAGAGGAGGGGUUCCGUAUCCGGUUUGCAAAUGGGGAGACUAUCGACUUCUACGCCGAUAGCGCCGAGCAAAAGGAAGGCUGGAUGAAGAUUCUCCACGAUACCGUCGGCAAGGAAUCCGCGGGUAGGUCCCGAGCGUGGACCGAACUCGUGCUCGAAAAGGAGCGAAAGGAACGCGAGAAGCAUACAUUCCAGGGUGUGCCUCACGGCCCUGCAGCGCAGAUGCAAAAGGCUCAGGCCAUCAAGGAGGCAGCUCAGGAGCGAGAGAUGCGUCGUCCAAGCUCGGCUGGCAAGGCUAUGCCGGCAUCAAAGACAGCCCCAAACAGCCCUCAAAAGGCUGCACGCGAAUGUGGCCAGAACCUUCGUGAUAAGGGCGACCUUCCGCCACCGCCUGUUGAGAAGGACCACAAACCUCACCCGACGACAGGCACUCCGAGAGCACGAACCAAUCUGGACCGGAGAGGACAAGUGAAGUCGAUGAUGUUUUAGACGAUACAACAUCACAUCACGACUCUUGAUAGCAAACGACAGAGUAUAGGUUCACGAUGGCGCGCGAUUUUUACCUUGGCUUUUUUCCACAACAAAAUUCAUUCCCUUUGUCCUACCUACCUUUCGGCGAUUGCACAUAUUGCUUUCAAACACCAUGGACUAAGCAUACUUUCAAUGUCUCUUCCGAUCGCUGUGCGUGGAUAGACGAAUGAGUGGCUUCUAACCAUUUUUGGCUGUAUACUGGCGUAUCGGGCGUGGAGGGGGGUCUCUUUCGGUGUUGUAUUGUUUUUUUCGGUCAUGGAUUAUGAAGGGUGCUGGGUGCGGGUGUGGGUGUGGACGUGUGCGAGCGAGGUGU